GGUCCGCUGCGCCUGCGUCCGCCUCCACAGCUCUCCAAAGAACGAGACGCGCCGCCGCCGUCAAUGCGGGCAUGACAUACUGGCUGCAGUGUAGUGGGCUUCCGUCAGCCUGCUUGUAAGCAGAUCACACACGCGCACGCACACACACACACAGACACACACAGACACACACACAAAAAGGAGAGGAACAGAAGAAGAAGAAGAAAAAGAAGAAGAAGAAGAGCGCAGUGACUCAUUUCCAGCCGCGCGUCGAGCACAGCAGACGAGUCGAUGGCAGGGGCUCAGCCGGGAGUCCACGCGCUGCAGCUCAAGCCCGUGUCCGUGCCCGAGAGCCUGAGAAGGGGCAACACGUUCAUGAAAUGGGAUGAUGAUUCCACGACCGUGACCUCGGUGACUCUGACGGUCGACCCCAACGGUUACUUCCUGUAUUGGACCGACCAGAACAAGGUGAGACUCAACUCAGCGGUCUUUGCAGGCUCCUUGAAGCUCACCUGGAAGUCUCUUUGGAGUCUUAAAAAAACUUUUUGAACUCGG